CUUCUGAUGCCGCCAUAGCUCGUUUGUUUUCGCUCUUCCUGCUUUUCUUCGAUAUUUCAGGAUGAGGAAGAAGAAAAGCGACUUUAUUUGGUUUCUGUUAAACUUGAAGAGUUUCACUCAAUGAGCGCUGAGUCUAAAUUGUUGCCAGAACGGUUCGGUUCUGUUCAUGUGGACCAGGUCCGGUUCCUUGUAGGGUUCUAGAUGAGCUUUUCAUGCUAAUAGACUCCGGAGUCUGGAGUUGAAGUUGGCCUCUGUUUGGGAGGUCGAUUAAAGGGUUAUUUCACAGAAUUUAAGGCUCGGGAAUCUGUUGAAGGUUCUGCUCCAGACGCAGGAGAAGACGCAGCAUGCAGGUGCUGCCGCCCUGGGGCCUCGCCCUCCCUCUCCCUGCAGUGAUGCUGAUCGCCGUCAGUCUCUACAUGAUGGUUUUGGGGGUCGGACUGUGGAUCCGCUACUGCCUCAAGGACCUCUGUCCUCCUUGUCCCAGCUGUCCCUGCUGUCCCAGUGUCUCCGUCUGCGACCAAUGCUUCAGACUCGCUGAGAUGUGCGACUGCCGUCUGCCUGGCGUCAGCGCCUUCCUGCCAGACUCAUGUUCCAACGCUCCGUGCUUCAGCAUGGACUGCGCCUGCACCUGCCAGCCUCCAGAGUGCGACUCCUGCAACUGCCUCUGCUUCGAGAUCCGGAUCAAGUAGAACUGAGGACCGGUUCUGACUCGCUCAGAGGAACGACAUGGAGCCGGCCCGGUUCUGCUGAACGAAACCGACCUGACCCAUUUGUGGUUCUGACCCGUUUUCUGAGCCGGUGUGUUUGGACGCAGCACCAGUCUGACCACCAGAUGGUGCUGCCGCUCCACUCUCUGGGGUUUGACAUGAAGCACACGGCGACAGUGGGAACCGUUCCAGGAACCCGGCCGGUCCGGACCCUCCUCUGUUAAAGUCUUCACACCCCUCCGUCUGUUAUGUUGCCCAUCUGGUUACUGAUUGUGAAAAAAAAGCAAAGGAGCUUUAUCUGUUCCUACCAGGACCAGCGGUGUUCAACCUGUGGCUCUUGGGCCACACAUGGCCCUUUGGCCUCUUCACUGUGGCCCUUAUGAAAGGAGCUAAAAACUGUUUUUAUUCUAAAAGCAAAAAGAAGGGCUGGUUUGACCAGUUCUGUUUUUAUACAUCAGUGCUUUGUUUUUGAAUAUAAUUGAAUGUUUUCACUCUUCA